AGCUUUAUCGGGAAAUUAUAUCUAAGAAACUUGAAGGGUUUGAGAACUUAACAAUAGAUCAAGUAUAUUUUUGGUGGGCCCGUGAAGCAUCAGUAUUUUAUCGAUGGCAUAAUGAUCAAUAUCAAUCUGCUAAGUUACUUUUAAAUGAGAAAGAUUAUAAG